CUGAGUCCCUUACAGACUUCCUACUCAGGGUUGGGUAGGCUGAAACCAGGCUAUAAGAAGGCUGAAAUGAGGCUGAAACCAGGCAGGGGACACCAGAAGGAUCAGAGGUCCAAGCAGGGCCCAGGGCAGAACGAUGGCCACUACGGGCAGCAACCUCAGGACCAGGAUGUCUGAAGAAGACAAUAAACUUAUGUGUGACAUUGCACUUAAAUACUUCAAGGAACGUAAAGUUGAGAUUUCAAAUGCAAUAAAAGCAUUAUAUCCUUUCCUGGAGACCCUUCGUGACCGUGACCUCAUCACCGAUGAAAUGUAUAAAGCAUCUAAGAAAUCUUAUAAAAACCCAUUAACUAUACCAAAAGUGGUGUAUGGAGUCCUGGAUAACAUGGAGGAGAAACAUCACCUGCCACUUCUGGAAAUCUUGUUCAGCAAGGUCAUCAUGAAGAACUACCCUGAUUUAAAUGGCAUUUGUGAAGGCUUCAGACAUGAGAUCUUAAAGAAAAUGGUUUGUCAAGCAAGUGUUGGAGAUGAGAGUGCGGAGAACCGUAAUACUCAACUGAGAAUUGAACAAGGAACUGGUGGAAAGUCAUAUCCAAGCCUGUCCUGGCUCUUCCCGGAUCAGUCUAAUUACACAGUGACCAGCAGUGAGGACUCUGUGGAACGUAGAAACAAAGAACAGCCUCCCAAAGCUUCCACCUCAGCACUGAAAAGAAAACCAGAGUCUAUGAACUUAAGAAGGUCAUCUACAUCUGAAAACAAAACUGGAAAAAGAGUGAGAACUCCUGAAGCAUCUUCGGGGUUCAAUGCAAAGGAGAAGCUCCCAGAAGCCGGAGGCUCUGCAGUGAGAAGUGGUGCUGACCAGGAGGGUUUCAUGGAUCUUGGAAACAAGUCUGCCUUACCAAACCCCAAGAAAAGAAGAAGGGCAAGACAGCAGCCAGGUGUGUCUGUGAAUUUUCGUGCUGAAAUACUUCCUGUGACCUGUGGAGAGAUGAGGGGCCUGUUAAUUAAGAGAAAAUUGGAACGAGGAGCCACAAGGAAGUGCAUAAGAACUGAGGAUGGAAACUGGCUCACUCCCAGGGAAUUUGAACUCAGAGGAGGCUAUGAAAAAGCAAGUAACUGGAAGACCAGCCUGACCUGUGGUGGAAAAACCCUAAAACGGCUGAUGGAGCUUGGACUUCUCCGUCCACCUCCCAUUACACGUGAAAUCCAAAACAAGGAGAAAAAGUCAGACAAAUGCAAGAUCUGCCAGGAUGAAGGAAAGCUCUUCUGCUGUGAAAAUUGUCAGAGUUUCUUUCAUGGGGACUGUCACCUCCCACCUGUGAACACAAAGAGGAAUGGUUGGAAUUGUACCUUCUGCACAACAGAAGAUUCUUCCCAAAGUCUGGAGCAUUACAGGGAAUCUGAGGUCCUGGUGAAGCAGAUGGAUCCUGGGAGGAAGUUGAAAUGUGAGUUCCUGCUCUUAAAGGUCUAUCACCAUUUAGAGAGCAACAUUUUCCCAAAUAUUCCACAUGGAAAUUAUGUUACAAAGGCUUCUCAAUAUCUAGGGAAACUUAGGAAGUUGGACAUAAUUAAGAAGAAGCUAAUCAAGGAAAAUUACUGCAAAGUGAAAGAUUUUAAGGAGGCCAUGGACAAAUUUUUUCAGGAUCCCAGGUGUGAGAAAUUACACUUAAACCAGGAGGAAUUUGUGAAGAAUUUCAAAGAGGUCUUCGCUAUUCAAGAAACAAAUUAGUACAAUGCAUUGGUGUAGUGCAUGCUGUUGGCACCCUGAAACAUCACGCCGUUUUCUGGCAGAGUUCUUGUCCCCUGAUGCUAUAAGCUUGGCUGCUGAAGCCACCUCCCCCAUUGUAUUGCUUUGGGCUAAAUGUAGCCAGAUUCACCUGAAUGUUAUAUAUCUUUGGCCUGGGGGUUGGUACCCACCCCAAGGUUGAACCAGCUGUGUUCAGUGACUCAGGUUUCUACGUCCACCAGAGACUGAGACUAGAGCUAUUGUCCAGCUAUGACCACAUCCUUGCUUAGCUUUCUCCUCCACGGUAUCCUGUAUCCCCUACCCUCCUCCUCCUGAGAGAAUUCUAACAAUAAAUCAGGUAUUCAAGAGA